AUGGUCAAGACAACAGUAGUGAUAACAGGUGCAUCAGGUCUUCUGGGAAGAGCAGUAACCGCCGAAUUCGAAUCUAGUGGUGAUGAGGUUAUAAAGCUCGCCAACAGUCGAGCGGGUAAAGAUUCAUCCUAUACAAAGCUCGAUUUGAUGGAUGAAGAAGCUGUUAAUGGCUUCUUUCAAACUCACGGAAAGAUCGAUGGUGCAGCAGAACGCAGACCUGAUGUAGCCGAGGCUGAUCCCGAAAAAGCUGCAAAAAUCAAUGCUGUUGUUCCAGCGCAUUUAGCUGCUCUUGCCAACCAGCGAAAAUUCCUAUUGUUUUACAUCUCGACAGAUUACGUGUUCAAUGGGAAAAAUCCACCUUACGACGUGGACGCUUCUCCAGAUCCAUUACAAAUGUACGGUCGACAAAAGCUAGAUGGUGAGAAAGCGGUUUUGGCAGAAAGGGAAAAAGGUGCCAAAGUGACUGUACUGAGAGUACCUAUCUUGUAUGGGAAAACGGAAUAUAAUGCUGAAUCAGCAGUGAAUAUCUUACGUGACGUCGUACAGGAUCAAUCGGGAAAACAAUACAAGAUGGACGCUUAUCAAGUUAGAUUCCCGACCAAUGUUGAAGACAUAGGAAGGGUAUUAUAUGAUCUUUCACAUGUCGACAAACCUUUACCCCCGAUCCUGCAUUACGCAACACCUUCACCUGCUCUAACCAAAUACGACAUGACAACAAUCAUCUCCAAACACCUUAGUUUACCCAUUGAUCACGUAAUUAGAGAUACCAAUAAACCUGGACCAGAAGCUACUCCACGUCCUGAGAAUACUCAGCUAAGUACCAAAGCUCUGGAAGAACUGGGAAUUGACGUUAGUGAAAGGAAAACAUUCGAUGAGUGGUGGAAAAGCUAUAUAGGCGAGAAAUGA